ACUAUCAAUGGAGCAAAGGACUCUGGAGCUGGAGCUGGUCUCCGCCAAGGACCUAAAAGAUGUGAACCUCAUCUCCAAGAUGGACGUCUACGCCGUCGUCUCCCUCGACGGCGACGCCUACAACGGCAAGCAGAAGACCAAAACCAAACUCGUCCCAAACUGCGGCACCAACCCCACCUUCAACUUCCCCAUGCGCUUCACCCUCGACGACUCUCUCACCCAACAGAACCGCCUCUCCCUCGAAGUCAAGCUCGUCUGCGAGCGCAGCCUCGGCGACAAGGACAUCGGCGCCGUCCACGUCCCCGUCAAGGAGCUCUUCGACUCCGCCGACCCCAAGAACAUGAAGUUCAUUUCGUAUCAGGUCCGGCGACCCUCCGGCAGGCCCAAGGGCGAGCUGAGUUUCUCUUACAAGUUUGGGGAAAAGGUGGCCGUGCCGGCGCCGGAAGUUGCGAAGAAAGGUGAGCCGGUGACGGCGUACCCGGUUGGUGCGCCGUCGUACGGGGCGUACGCGCAACAGGCCACGAGUUCGUCCGGGUCGGGUUACCCGCCGCCUCAACCCGGGUAUGGAUACCCGCCGCCGCCUCCUGGGGCGGGAUACCCGGAAGCGCCUCCACCGGGAUACGGGUACCCACCACCGCAACCGGGUUACGCGUACCCGCCGCAGCAGCCGGGGUAUGGAUAUCCGCCGCCGCCGCCGGGAUACGGAUACCCGCCGGUGCAGCAGCAGCAACCGGAGAAGAAGAAGAACAAGUUUGGGAUGGGAUUGGGCGCAGGGUUGCUAGGAGGUGUGCUUGGUGGGAUGUUGAUUGGAGAUAUGGUGUCUGACGGCGGCGGUGGAUGCGGUGGCGGAGGAUGCGGCGGUGGCGGUUGUGGUGGGUUUUGAUUUGGGGGAUGGUUGUGUUGGUUUUUGUGUUUAGACUUGAGAGUUGUACUAUUUUCGCUUGGAUUUUCAUUUGCUCCAUGUUUAACACAACAUUAAUUUGGUGUUCUUGCUUUGAUUUGAUUC